ACAAUAGCAUUGACAUCCACCUGAAUAGGACAACACCAAACGUUCCUGAAAACGUCAGUUAUGGGAACCAACAUGGCGGACCCCAGACAGGACAUGUACGACGCCCUCACACAACUCCGACAGCACAUCGUCAGCGAGAGACUGGUUCUGUUCGUCGGCGAGCAACUGUCAGUACUCCCGCCGCCCGCUAGGGUGGACCACUGGUGGGAGAUACAGGAUGGCAUCAGUGGUAUCGCCCAGCUUGAAUCCGAAUUUAUGGCAAACCUUCCCCAGCGACCUGCCAAGGUACACAACGUCCUGCGCACCCUGGGGACGUUCCCUCUCAUCCUCACAACCAAUCAGGACGAACUUCUGGAGAGGCUGCUCUGGGGACGAGGGAGUCUGGGGUCUACCUUGAGGGAGAAAAUUCGACUUGACCAGGUAGGACAGGUGAUGAGGGACUGGCCGGACCUCCACCGGCAUCUGAUCGUCAAGCUGUACGGCGACACUAGCUACACAGCCCGCUGCACCGCAGAAUCUCAGAAGUUCCUUGAAGGCGUCUUGUGCGGUGAACCUGAUCAUGACCCCGACGCAGCUGUGGAGUUUCUUGACAAAGUGUUCAAGGAACGGUCGGUCCUGUUCCUGGGUUGCGACUUACAGCAUGAAGUCUACGAGCGACUCCUAGCGAGAUUCGUUACAAAUGCACCGGUAUGA